AUGGCUGACCUUGUGGCCCGCCGGCCUGCCUGCACCGGGCCUGCUUGGCAGACCUUGUUGCCCGCCCGCCUGCCUGCACCGGGCCUGCUUGACCUUGUGGCCUGCCCGCCUGCUCCUGCUUGGCAGACCUUGUGGCCCGCCCACCUGCCGGCAGCGGGCCUAAUUGGCAGACCUUGUGGCCCACCCGCCUGCCUGAACCGGGCCUGCUUGGCAGACCUUGUGGCCCGCCCGCCUGCCUGCACCGGGCCUACUUGGCAGACCUUGUGGCCUGCCCGCCUGCUCCUGCUUGGCAGACCUUGUGGCCUGCCCACCUACCCACACCGGGCCUGCUUGGCAGACCUUGUGGCCUGCCCGCCUGUUCCUGCUUGGCAGACCUUGUGGCCCCCACGCCUGCUCCUGCUUGGCAGACCUUGUGGCCCGCCCGCCUGCCCGCACCGGGCCUGCUUGGAAGACCUUACCUUGUGGCCCGCCGCCUGCUUGCACCCUGGCCUGCCUUGGCAGACCUUUGUGGGCCCGCCCGCCUGCCUACACCCGGCCUGCUUGCAGACCUUGUGGCCCGCCCUCCGCCUGCCUGCAAAGGGGCCUGCUUGGCAGACCUUGGUGGCCCGCCCGCCUGCCCGCCUAACCCACUCCGCCUACCCGCCAUACCCGCCUGCCGCACCCGCCCCAGGUCUGCUUGGCAGACCUUGUGGCUCCCUGCCCGCCUACCUUGGCAAACGGGCCUGCCUUUGGCAGACCUUGUGGCCCUCCCACCCACCUGCUGCCUGCCCGGAUUGCCCCGCCCUGCCCACCCAAUCUGAUCCAGGCCUGCUUGGCAGACGCCUUGUGGUCCCCAAACCGCCUGCCGGCAAGCCAGGGCAUGCUUGGCAAGACGCCUUGUUGGCCAACCUGACCGCCUGCCCACAGCCAGGUGCCUGGCUUGGCAGACCUUUGUGGCCCACCGCCCGUCCUGCAACGACCCAGGCCUGCCCUAGGCAGACCAUUGUGGCCACCAGCCGCCUGCCCACACCAGACCUUGUGGACCCGCACCGAGCCUGCCUGCACCGGGCCUGCUUGGCGAGACCGUUGUGGCCGGGCCCGCUGCCUGCCCACACCAGGCCUACUUGGCAGACCUUGUGGCAAGCCCGCCCGCCUGCCCGCACCGGGUCCUGCUUGGCAGACCUUGUAGCCUGCCCACCUGCUCCUGCUUGGCCGCCUUGUGGCCUGCCCCCUGCCGAAAAACCACACGGGCCUACUUGGCUGACCUUGUGUCCGCCCCGCCACUGCCCGCACCAGGCUAGCUUGGCUGACCUUGUGGCCCGCCCGCCGUGCCUGCACGGCCUGCUUGGCAGACCUUGUGGCCCGCCCCCGCCUGCCUGCACCGGGCCUGCCUGCUUGGCAGACCUUGUGGCCUGCCCGAGGCCUGCCCGCACCAGGCCUGCCUGGGCUUGGCAGACCUUAUGCCCGGCCACCCGCCACCUGCCUGCAAAGGGCCUGCUUGGCAGACUUGUGGCCCGCCCGCCUGCCUGCACCGGGCCUGCUUGGCAGACCUUGUGGCCCGCCCGCCUGCCCUGCACCGGGCCUGCUUGGCAGACCUUGUGCCCUGGCCCGCCGCCUGCCUGCACCGGGCCUGCUUGGCAGACCUUGUGGCCCGCCCGCCUGCCUGCACCGGGCCUGCUUGGCAGACCUUGUGGCCCGCCCGCCUGCCCGCACCAGGCCUGCUUGGCAGACCUUGUGGCCCGCCCGCCUGCCUGCAAAGGGCCUCCUGGGCAGAACCUUGGUGGGUCCCACGCCCCUGGGCAGCACCUUGCCCUGCUUGGCAGACCUUUGUGGCCCCCCCUGCCUGCACCGGGCCGCUGCUUGGCGGAAACCUUGUGGACCGCCGCCUGCCUGCAAAGGGCCUCCUUGGCAGACCUUGUGGUCCACACCGCCCCCCCCCCUGCCUGCAACCUGGCCCUGCUUUGGCAGACCUUGUGGCCUUGCCCGCCUGGCCCUGCACCCGGGGCCCCUGCCUUGACAGGAAACCUUGUGGCCCGCCCCGCCUGCCCUGGCAAAGGGCCUGCCUUGGCAAGACCUUUGUUGGCCACGCGCCGCCUGCCUGCAAAGGGCCUGCCUUGGCAGAUCCUUUGGCCCGCCCCGCCUGCCUGCACCGGGCCUGCUUGGCAGGACCUUGUGGCCGGCCCGCCUGCCUGCCCUGCAACCCGGCCCAUACUUUGGCAGAUCCUUGUGGCCCCGCCCAGCCUGCCUGCCAAAGGGCCUGCCUGGCAAGAACCUUGUGGACCGCCCGCCUGCCUUGCACCGGGCCUGCUUGGCAGAUUAUUGUGGCCCGCCCGACCUGCCUGCAAAGGGCCUGCUUGGCAGACCUGGUGGCCCACCGCCCGCCUGCCUGCACCAGGCCUUGCUUGGCAGACCUUGUUGGCCCGCCCCCCUGCCUGCACAGGGCCUGCUUGGCAGACCUUGUGGCCCGCCCGCCUGCCUGCACCGGGCCUGCUUGACCUUGUUGCCCGCACGCCUGCCUACAAAGGUCCUGCUUGGCAGACCUUAUGGCCCGCACACCUGCCUGCAAAGGGCCUGCUUGGCAGACCUUGUUGCCCGCACUGCCUGCCUACAAAAGGGCCUGCUUGGCAGACCUUGUGGCCCACCCGCACGCCUGCCACCAAAGGGCCUGCUUGGCAAGAACCUUGUGGCCCACCCCGCCUGCCCUGUCACCGGGCCUGCUUGGCAGUACCUUGUUGGCCCGUCCCGAGCCCCCUGCCUGCAAACCGGGCCUACUUGGGCAGACCAUUGUGGCCCUGCCGCACCUGCGCCUGCAAACGGGCCUGCUUGGUCCAGACCAUUGCUGGCCCGCCCGCCGCCUUGCCAUGCCCACCAGGGCCUGCUUGGUCAGUUACCAUUGGGUGGACCCGCUCCCGCCUGCCUGCACCAAAGGGCCCUGCUUGGGCAGACCUUGUGGGCCGACCGGCCCCCUUGCCUGUCAACGGGCCUGCCUUGGGCAGACCUUUGUUGGCCCGCCCGCCUGCCUGCACCGGGCCUGCUUUGGCAGAACCUUGGGUUGGCCCGCACCCGCCCUUGCCUGCACCUGCCCACCGGGCCUGGCUGGGCACCGGACCCUUGCUUGGCCCAGAGCCCAUUCCUGGGCCCGCCCGCCUACCUGCCCCAAAGGGCCCCCUGCUGGGCCCAAGGACCUGUUCUUCCGGCACGACCUUGCCUGGCACCGGGAUGCUUGGCAGACCUUGUGGCCGUUCCCGGCCUAGUCCUGCAAACCGGGCCUGUCUUGGGCAGAUCCUUGUGGUCCCGCCCGCUCCUGCCUGCCAGCCGGGCGCCUGCUUGGCAGAAAACUUGUGGUCCCUGCCCUGCCUGUCCUGGCACCAGGCCUGCUUAGCUUGGACAGACUUGUGGCCCGCCCGCCUACCUGCCCAAAGGGCCUGCCGACCUUGUUGCCCGCCCUGCCUACCUGCACCUGGGGCCCUCCUGCUUGGCAGAACCUUAUUUGGCCCGUCGCCCGCCUGCCUCACCAGGCCCUGGCCUGGUUCAGACCUUUUGGCCGCCCGCCCGGGCCUGCUGGGCAGACCUGCUUGGGCAGACCUUGUGGGCCCCGCCCGCCUGCCUCACCCGGCCCAUCCCUUGCCGACCUUGUUGGGCCCGCCCCGCUGCCUUUGCACCGCCUGCUUGGCAAAGAGAUUUUGGCUUGCCGCCUGCCGGGCCCAAAGCUCUGCAGACCUUGUGGCCCGCCAGCCCUUGACUGGCACCAGGGCCUGGCUUGGCAGACCUUAUGGCCCGCCCGGGCCUGCCUGCAGUGCCUGGGCUUGUGGCAGACCUUGUGGUCCCGCCUGCCUGCAAAAGGGCCUGCUUGGCAGACCUUGUUGGCCCGCCCCGCCUGGCCUGCAAAGGGCCUGCUUGGCAGACCUUGUGGCCCGGCCCGCCUGCCAGUGCAAACGGCCAAACCUGCUUGGCGGACCUUGUGGGCCCGCCCGCCUGCCUGCAAGGGCCUGCUUGGCAGAUCUUGUGCGCCUUGUGGAACCCACCCGCCUGCUGCACCGGGCCUCCUUGCGACCUUUGGGUGGCCCGGCCCGCCCGCCUGCACGGCCUGCCCCUGGGCAGACCUUGUGGCCCGCCCGCCUGCCGCAACCAGGCCCUCUGGGCAGACCCUUGUUGGCCCGCCCGCCUGCCCCGCACCGGCCUGCUUGGCAGACCUUCCCUGGCCCGCCCGCCUGCCUGCACCGGGCCUGCUGGCAGACCUUAUUGGGCCCGCCCGCCUGCCCCGCAAAAGGCCCCUGCUGCAGACCUUGGUGGCCCCCCGCCUGCCCGCAAAGGCCCCUGUUGCAACCUUGUGGCCCGCCCGCCUGCCCCACCAGGCCCCGCUGGGCAGACCUUGUGGCCGGCCCGCCCUGCCUGCACCGGCCUGCCUUCGCACCUUGUGGCCCGCCCGCCUGGCCCCCUGGGCCAGGCCUGCUGGGCAGAGCUGUGGCCGGCCCGCCCCCCUGCCCGCACCAGGCCUGCCUGGGCAGACCUUGUGGCCCGCCCGCCCUGCGCACCAGGGCCCGCUGGCAGACCUUGUGGCCCGCCCGCCUGCCCGCACCAGCCCCUGGGCAGACCUGCCCGCCCGCCUGCGCACCAGGCCCGCUGGGCAACCAGGGCCCGCCCGCCUGGCCGCACCAGGGCCUCUGGCAACCCUGCCCCGCCCGCCUGCACAGGCCGCCCUUGGCAGACCUUGUUGCCCGGCACCGCCUGCCCGGGCAGACCUUUGGGAGGCUUUUCGGCCCCCCGCCUGCCCACGGCACCAGCCCGCUGGGGCACCUUUUGGCCCGCCCGCCUGCCCGCACCAGGCCCCACCUGGGCGACCUUGGUGGCCCGCCCGCCGCCUGCAGGCCAGGCUGGGUCAGACCUUGUGGCCCACCCCGCCCUGCCUGCACCAGGCCCGCUGGGUUUAGGACCUUGUGGCCGCCCGCCUGCCCGCACCAGGCCCCCCUGGGCAGACCUUGUGGCCCUGCCCGCCUGCCGCACCAGCCCGCUGGGCAGACCUUGUGGCCCCCCACCCGCCUGCCCGCAACCCAGGGCCCCGCCUGGGCAGACCUUGUGGCCCGCCCGCCUGCCCCGGCACCCCAGGGCCCGCUGGGCAACCUUGUGGCCCGCCCGCCUGCCCGCACCAGUCCCGCUGGGCAGACCCUGGCCCGCCCGCUGCCCCCGCACCGGCCUGCUUGGGGAGACUUGUGGCGCACCAGGCUGCUGGGCAGACCCUGUUGCCCCGCCCGCCUGCCCGCACUAGGCCCGCUGGGCAGACUUGUGGCCCGCCGCCCUGGCCCCGCACCAGGCCACGCUGGCAGACCUUGUGCCCGCCCGCCUGCCCCGCACCAGGGCCCGCUGGGCAGACCGGUUUUGGCCCCGCCCGCCUGCCCGCACCAGGCCCGCUGGGCAACCUUGUGGCCCGCCCGCCUGCCUGCACAGGCCCGCUGGUCAGACCUUGUGGCCCGCCCGCACUGCCUGCCAGGCCUGCUGGGCAGACCUUGUGGCCACCCGCCUGCGUGCACCAGCCUGCUGGCAGACCUUGUGGCCUGCCCGCCUGCCUGCAACCAGGCCUUGCUGGGCAGACCCUGGUGGCCCGCCCACCUGCCUGCACCAGGCCUGCUGGGCAGACCUUGCGGCCCGCCCGCCGGCCUGCACCAGGCCUGCUGGGCAGACCUUGCGGCCCGCUCGCUGCCCGUACCGGGCUUGCUCGGCGGGUCUUGCCCGCCGUCCUUCCAAACAGAAACCCUGUCGUUAGACUUAGAACUAGAGUAUGCCACUGAAUCCUUCAAUUUCCUGGGCUUCUUCUCAAUUCCUCUGUGCCUUUUUUUGCACUCCACUAUUCUUCUCUGA